AUGUACGACGAUCGAGGAACUCUUUUUUUGAGAGAUGGAGCAGGGAUCGAGCUCAGCACCUAUAAUCGACGGUGUCGGAGAACGAGAGGACAUUGUGAGAAGUUCACAGGCCAUGUUAAGAGAAGUUUGGUAAGGCCUUUCCCCUACGCUUUCCCCUACGUUUCCUAUGUUUCCUACGCUUCCUACGCUUCCUACGCUUCCUACGCUUCCUACGCUUCCUACGCUUUCCCCUACGUUUCCUACGCUUCCUACGCUUCUUACGUUUCCUACGCUUCUUACGUUCCCUACGCUUCCUACGCUUUCCCCUACGCUUCCUACGUUCCCUACGCUUCCUACGCUUCUUACAUUUCCUACGUUCCCUACGCUGCCCCCUACGCUUGCCCCUACGCUUGCCCCUACGCUUUCCCCUACGCUUUCCCCUACGCUUUCCCCUACGCUUUCCCCUACGCUUUCCCCUACGCUUUCCCCUACGCUUUCCCCUACGUUUCCUACGCUUUCCCCUACGUUUCCUACGCUCCCUACGCUUUCCUUGUACAUUGCCAACAUCGGAGCGCUGUUCUUGAUAAAUGGUGA